AAAAAACAACCGUUCCCUCCCACGUGGCACAUUUUCCUAAUCCGACCGUUGCAAUGGGGGCUUCCUCCCAGAUCCCUCCAUAACCCCUCUUCUUUAACUCUGUAGGCCUCCCCCAAGAUUUUCUUUCAAAAAAAAAAUGGCGAUCGCUGAGGCUCAACAACAAGAGAAGGUUUCUUCGGAGGUUCCGGCAGCUGAAAAGAAAAGAUGGACCCUUGGCGAUUUUGACAUUGGGAAGCCUCUUGGACGGGGGAAGUUUGGCCACGUUUAUUUAGCCAGAGAAAAAAGGAGCAAUCAUAUUGUGGCCCUCAAAGUUCUUUUUAAAAGCCAACUACAACAAUCUCAAGUUGAACAUCAACUACGUCGAGAAGUGGAAAUACAGAGUCACCUGCGCCAUCCCAAUAUAUUGAGGCUUUAUGGAUAUUUCUAUGAUCAGAAACGUGUUUAUCUGAUUCUGGAAUAUGCGGCCAAAGGCGAACUUUACAAAGAACUGCAAAAAUGUAAAUACUUUAGCGAAAGACGAGCUGCUACCUAUGUUGCCUCUUUAGCUCGGGCACUCAUUUAUUGUCACGGAAAGCAUGUCAUACACAGAGAUAUCAAACCUGAGAACCUGUUAAUCGGUGCACAGGGUGAACUAAAGAUUGCAGAUUUUGGAUGGUCUGUGCAUACAUUUAACCGAAGGCGUACUAUGUGCGGUACACUUGAUUAUCUCCCUCCUGAAAUGGUUGAAAGUGUAGAGCAUGAUGCCAGUGUAGAUAUCUGGAGCCUUGGUGUGUUGUGCUAUGAGUUUCUUUAUGGAGUCCCACCUUUUGAGGCCAAAGAACAUUCAGACACUUAUAGAAGGAUUGUGCAAGUGGAUUUGAAGUUCCCUCCAAAACCAAUAGUUUCAUCUUCAGCCAAGGACCUCAUUAGUCAGAUGCUUGUCAAAGAUUCUUCCCAGCGCCUCCCACUACAUAAGCUUCUUGAGCAUCCAUGGAUUGUUCAGAAUGCUGAUCCAUCUGGCAUAUAUAAAGCUUAAGAUACAUUUGUUCCUCUAUAUUCUUUUCUUGAUUAUUGAUUAUGCAAAGAAUGUUAUGUUACUUAAAUUCCAUGAAUCCUUACUUUGCUUGUGUCUCCAAUCUUUGUAGGAAUAACAUAUAUUUGUUAAAUCACAAUGCAUUUCUUCUGUAA